UUCCUCCCUGUCGCAAAACCGUCAACAAAUCCUUCUGGGUUUCACUGACUGCUGCCGAUUCUUUUCUUUUCAUCCCGCUCUAUCCGACUACUUUUCUCUCUCCUCCGCGAACUCUUGUAUCCGUGAAGAUUGGAUUAGACACCGCUUUUACCCCACCACCACCACAAAUACCACCGACAAGAUGGGUGAAUCCAGACAAGAACUGCUUGGAUGGAUCAACAGCUUGUUGCAGCUGAACAUUACCAAGAUCGAGCAAUGCGGAACUGGUGCUGCGCUAUGUCAGAUCUUUGACUCGAUAUUCAUGGACGUUCCCAUGUCGCGUGUUAAGUUCAAUGUCAACUCUGAAUACGCCUACCUGCAGAACUUCAAGAUUCUUCAAAAUGUUUUCGGAAAGCACCAAGUCGACAAGCCGAUUCCCGUCCAGCAACUCUCGAAAUGCCGUAUGCAAGACAACCUCGAGUUCCUUCAGUGGACAAAGAGAUACUGGGACCAGCACUACCCUGGUGGUGACUAUGAUGCUGUGGCUCGUCGCAAGGCUUCUGGUGCCCCUCCCGCCUCCGCCGGCUCUCGUUCUGGUGCGACUUCGCAAAGCUCUGCCCGUCGGGGUGUGACUCCUACUGCUGCUGCUGCUGCUGUCCGCCCACGCGUUGCUGCUGCUGGAGCCAGCAGUGCGGCCACUGCCGCUUUGCAACAGGAGGUUGCGACCCAGAAGGAAGCAAUUGGAGGUUUGGAGAAGGAGAGAGACUUUUACUUUGCUAAGCUUCGCGAUAUUGAGCUGUUGUUGCAGAGCGCUAUCGAGGCCGAUCCGGACUUGGAGAAGGACGAUGACUCCCUGGUCAAGCACAUCCAGGGCAUCCUCUACUCGACAGAGGUAUGAAGCGAUAACCCAGUACUACUCAACACCAGGACCUCGAAAAAGACACUGACCGGUUAACGCAGGAGGGUUUUGAAAUUCCCGCCGAAGAUGAAGUGCCCGCUGAUGAGUUGGAGACCUUUUAAGUUAUGAGUGACAGCGAGACAUGUGUGUCCCUUUUAUUUUAAUACCCCUCCUCCUGCGAAAUGCACCGAUUUUGUAUUGCUUCUACAAACCCACAGCCUCCCUGUUUUGUUUUGGUAGGGGUAAAACCGAGGGGGAAUCAAUUCGGUGAGGCGUACGCUCGUGCUGAUAUUUCUACGUAUGCAUCGAGAAUUGUUUUGUGUACAGAUUCUGAAGACUGGGUGGUUGGUAUUGCUGUGAAUGAAUGGUUUUGGCUUGUGGUGUUGUAUUCUCCAACUUGAGAUGUAAAUUCAAGAAUUUUCCAUCGGG